AUGUCACGACAUGACGCGGCAGAAGGAGGAGAGAAAAGGAAAACAUGGCAUGCUACCGGGGUUGCAGAGGGAACUCAGCAAUUCGAGAAGGAACCUUCUUACACGGAGGUUAAUCCACGAGGAGAAGCGACGCUUCAUUGUCGCAUCUUCAACCUCAUGGGAGAAUGUUCGUGGCAAAAGGACGGACUCCCGACGGGGAUCUAUCCUGGGAAGUACGAAUGGGCGGGGGACCGAGAGAAGGGAGAUUGCAGUCUGAAGAUCCUCAACGCGGACCUGAAUUAUGAUGAUGGGGAAUGGAAAUGCCAAGUGACGGCAAGCGCAUUCACUCUCCGAGAUGCCCUCACUUCCACCACUGCUCGCCUUGUCGUCAGAGUGCCUCCGAAUUCGCCUCAAAUUGAAUACAAGACUCACCAAGUGAUAGAAGGAAACCAGCUGAGUGCCCAAGAGUUGAAGCCCGCAACUGUAAAAUGCAUCAGUCGAUUCGGGAAUCCUCCUGCUGGUCUUCGAUGGUUCAUUGGCGAGGAGGAUGUGACCAAAGCAUCUACUCAGAGGAACUUCACGGAGACAGAAGACGAAAGGAAGUGGAGGGCAGAAUCCGUGUUGGAAUACACAUUCAAUAAAGAGGAUCAUGAGAAGAAACUCCGAUGUUUGGCCUUCCACGAGGCCUAUGAUGCUCGGACCCGGGAAGUCCAGCUCAUCCUCGACAUUCAGUAUGCUCCGAUCGUGAGACUGGAAGGAAUCCCACAGCAAGAAGUGGAAGAAAACGUGGAUGACGUCUCCCUUCAUUGCAAAGUUGAUUCCAAUCCCCCUGGCAAUAUUGUUUGGAGGAAAUCCGGACACGAAUCCAUCUUCAGUUUCUCGGAGACAUUGGAUUUUCGUCCUGUGGUACGAGAUACGACGGGGACGUACGUUUGCGAGGCAAAAAACAAUGUCGGCGAGAGUAAGGGUCUCACCGCCACCAUCGACGUCAAAUAUGCGCCGGUGAUCAAGAGAUAUGGCCCCUCGAGUCGAAAGGUGUCUGCGGCCCUGGGGAACGAAACGAUUCUGACCUGCGAAGCCGAGAGCAAUCCUCCUCCAUCCUAUCAAUGGCUCCAAAAGCCCUACGAAAAUGCCCAAGUGGCUUACAUCCGGGGCCGGAAUGCCACCCUGCGUCUCACCAACCUCUCUUAUGAACAUCAAGGCCUCUACGCCUGCUCUGUCGCCAAUGUGAUCAAGGGUCGUGAGAGGAAGAUCCAAAGCGAAGCCAUCGCACUCCACGUCAGAGGGGCUCCACAGUUUCUGCCAAGUCGAGAAGCCGUGGUGACUGUCGCUCGAGGGGAAGAUGCCGAAUUAAGCCUCACUUUUUGCGCUGACCCUGAACCGAGGAGCAUGUCUUGGGAAUGGGGCUCUCUUGCCCUCGAAAUGGGAUCCUGGCGAGGGAAAUACCACACCCAACUCCUCCCGGAUCGGCGACAAGGUUGCCACGAAGCGAAGUUGACCAUUAAGGAAGUGGAGAUGGUGGAUGCACGGAAAUAUACCUUCCUAGUGAAAAACGAACACGGCGAAGACAGCAGCUUUCUCGAACUCCACAUCAAAGAACAAGUUACGAUAACGACGGUGAUCGGGAUCGUUAUCGGUUGCGCCCUGGUUCUCGUCUUGGCCCUUCUCCUUCUUCUGUACGCAUUCAAGGCCGAGAAGUGGUGCUUCUCACAGAGAGGAGACUUCAAACCUUCGGAUAUCACAACGGAGUUAGAGAAGGGAGGUGGACAGAAGAAUGGAAGAGGAUUGGUGGGUGGAAAGGGGCCAGGGUCUGGCGGGGCCAUCCCCCCUGACGCCCUCUAUGCUGUACCUCACAAGGCUACCAGCGACCAUGACAAGAGCAAUGGAGAAGGGGGGAAAAAUAUAAUCUAUGCUGAUCUCCAGCUCCCCAGAUCCUCCAACAAUGGGUCCAUGCGAAUCAGACCUUCUCCUUCCAAUGGACAACAACAGCAACAAAUACAGCACGGUGCUCAUCGCUCGCCCACCGAGUACGCCCAGAUCUCCUUCCAAAGAGCAGAUGUUUGAGCUUUUCAGAAGAGUCUCUCUGGACAGCCCUGUGAUAAUAGGCAAACGAGCCAUUGAGGACUCUGUCGUUUGACCUCGGAAACCAAAAAAAAAAGAGAAGACAAUAGAGCCCAAAACUCAGCUCGCUCUCUUGCAUUGACAUGUGUCUCAUUCGAGUCAUCCAGUAUUUAUUAUCACUCGCUAAGAGGAACCUGUGAUUAUUCCGCGGUCAUUUUUCGUGUUCUUCUCAAAAGUGUCUCAGGCAUGAUGUCAUGGUGUGUUUCUUAGCUAUCGUUGUAUUUUCUCUCUUCAUCUGUCGCUGUCCGUCAGUGUGAGAAAAUCUCUUGCCAGUGCAGUGUUGUUUCACUCUUGAGUGUGUUCUAGUGACCUUUAUCCUCCCCAGCCUGGUUCUAGUCCCACACAUCUGGCUGGCUGCAGGAAGACUUGAAUAAUAAAACCUCC